AUGGAUGACCGGUGGGGUACAUGGCUCGCGGGCACCCCAGCACAGCUCCUUCGGGACAAGAUCGUUCCGUCUGGACACCGCCGCAUUUUCAUCGGCCCAUCUGGUGAAUCCUUCAGCCAAUGCGGACACGACGUGGAGGACAUCCCCGUACCUAUCGCUGCGUGUCUCACCUACGAUCCGUCUACGGAAGGAGGCGCACAGUACAGCGUUGCGCAUAUUGCUUUCACGACGGCACAGCAAAUCGGCAGACGCCCCAUCUGGAUGUGCUUGCCCGAUGAGGCUCCCGACAGCGCAACCCUCCGCAUCAUCGGCUCGAUCCUUCUCGCGCUCGAAAUUCCGGUCCAUUUCUGUGUCCAUGGGCCUGGCCGUGAGCUACACAGGAUGGACAUCUUUAAGCUUAAAGACUUCGACAAUGAGACCACUAAAGCGCUCCGCAAAGCUUUCGACGACAAGACCAACCAGGCUCCUCGCAAAGCCGUCUAG